UCCAGACAAACAUACUCACUUCCGGCUUCUAGCAACUUCAGCGGAAGUACCAUCUCACUAGCGCGUCUUGCUGGGCUGGCUAAAAUAGAACUCUACCUGACCAACUAGCAACAGAGCGAUGGCUACUAAACUUAGUUUCCCUGACAGCCUCAUUGACGAAGACCCACAGAAAGCUCUCGAGGCAGUGAACGAGGCCUUGCAAGGAGACCCCGACAACACUGAGUGGCUCUGUCAGCGUGCCUAUGCUUACAUACUUCUCAAAAACUACAGCUGUGCUGUUAAAGAUGCCAAGAAAGUGCAACAGCUGAAUCCAGGCCUUUCCCUUGCCUUCAUGCGAACAGGAAUAGCAGAGUACCAUCUGAACCACUAUGAGUCAGCCCAUGCAGCGUUCACUCAGGGACAACAACUGGAUGUUUCUGACAAGUCAUUUGAGGUUUGGAUCAAGCGAUGUGAGGAGAUGUUGGGUGAAAAGCCGCACAACGGCAGUGACUCGCAAAUACCAGUAGUGCCACAUGUGAAACAUGACUGGUACCAAACAGAAUCUCAAGUCAUCGUCUCUGUUAUGGCAAGAAAUGUGCCGAAGGACGUUGUGUGUGUCAACUUCAUGGAACAAGAGCUCUCAGCUUCAAUAAGGCUGACAUCUGGGGAAAAUUACAACCUCAACCUCCACCUUCUGCAUCCCAUCAUCCCACAACAAAGCACCUUCCGGGUUCUCACCACCAAGGUGGAGAUGAAGAUGAAGAAGACAGAUGCCAUCAGAUGGGAGAAGCUCGAGGGAGAGGGACAGGAAUCCAACCUCAAACACUUCGAUCCAACAGCUGUCCAACAAGCGUUCUUGUUGCAACCAGAUCAGCACCCGACAUCGUCUCAAAACAACCGCAAAUGGGACAAGAUGGUGGUGGACAUUACCGAGGAGGAGAAAAAUGAGAAGUUGGAGGGCGACGCGGCGCUCAACCAGCUCUUCCAGCAAAUCUAUUCGGAUGGCUCGGACGAAAUCAAGCGCGCCAUGAACAAGUCUUUUACGGAGUCAAACGGCACGGUCCUGAGCACCAAUUGGAAAGAUGUUGGCAAGAGAAAAGUGGAAGCGAGCCCACCCGAUGAUGUUGAGUUGAAAAAGAACUGAACACCUCCCUCGCUUUUUCUUCUUUUCUUUUUUUCCCCCUGGGUUUGACCUGAUCGUUCUCUACCUAACCCCGUCUGAAGUUCAGCGGGAGGGCUUCAAAACUUUUUGCUUUCCGCCUUCCACAGCAUUUCACAACUGCGCUGUGUUCACUCAAGCGACUCCUCCCACCCACUAGUAAGUUCAUUUCAGCUCAGCUCACCAUUAUGCUGUCUAGAAUGGCAAGCUGAUGAGUACAGGAUGUCUAUGAAACAUAAGAGGUGCCUGCAAUACAAACUUGGAAUGUACUCUUCGAAUUACAUUUUGAAUGGUUUUUUUUAAAUCCAUUGUAGCGUUGGAAAGGCAAAAUGUAGACCACUUGCAAAAUACAACAACGGAGUUUAAUGCACAACAUCCGGCUUGUUCCCUCAGCUAGCCAUGCGGCGUGUUUAUUUAUUAGCAAAAACGACAAGCCUUGUUCAACAAAACACGUGUGUUAUUCCCCUCAUGUUGCUACAUGGGAUUGUUGGCAGUUAUAGUUCUUGUCAACCAAUCACCAGCCUGCACCAAAAUAUGCGUUGGUAGCAUGUCAAACCUAAAUGCACCAAACUGUUUGGUGGCAUAGUGUUCAUAACCUCGAAAGGCCUCCCUUGCCUAUCUGUUAAUUUGAAUACGUUGAAAGAUUUGAAUUAUAUAAUUAAGGACAGAGAAGGAAAUAGACAAAAACAUCCGUUUGUUUUAAAGGCCUUUAUGAUUUCACGUUAUCAGCGCUUGUAUAGAAAUGUAAAGUUAACCAUUUGAGCUCAUGUAGAUGUUUUAAAUGAUUACUUUGGAAGUCUUUUCUUUUUGCUUUGCACUUGUGCUCAGUAAGAGAUCCCAGUAAGUGGUAUGACGCCGCUUGUUGCACCCAUGUGAUCCCUCCCAUCCAAGGUCUAAAUAAAAGGUUUCUUGUUUGUCACUCUAA